AUGCCAUGUCGCCUUCUCCACCCUCUGAUGGCACUCUGGUCGAAAAGGGCCAUCACAUACGACGCUCGCAUCUCAAAACAACCUUUGUGCUGCCUUGCCCAUAGUGGAUGGCGAGAGCGAUCACUGCUAGGCGGGGAGGCUUGCAGCGUCCCCAAUCUGCAUUGGGCUGCAUGUGCUGGGAUGUUGCAUCCCGUUCCAACACCGUUUCAACGCACAAUCGUGCCUGCCUUUGUUCCUUCACAUAUGAGACGAGCCGCUGUGACCCAAUCGCCAUUGCGCCCUUUUGUUUUUUCUCGUCUUUUUUCUUUUCUCUCAAUUCUGUUUCUCUUCGUCUUCCUUUGGUUGAAUCAGGCGUUGCUUCUUCCGAUCUGUCGUUUGCUAGGUUGCCCGCGAAACGAUUGACGCGAGUGAGUGCGCCUGCAGACAGACGGUGCUGACAAAGGAAGAGGGUUGCAAUUGCUUUUGGCACGGAGCGCUCUACCUUGGCUGUGUUUGGAGGAUGCUCCGUCCAUAGUAGAGGCUGGGGUGCGGGAUGAUUGACACCCUGAUGGAUGGGAAUGUGAUAUGUCUGUGGCAGCUACCAAUAAUAUAAUUGCAGCAUGUCUGCGACGUUGAUUCGCCCGCCCGGCUCGACUGCGCCUUGAUCCUUUCAGUAUUGCCUGUUUAAUCAAAUGACAUUGGAUCCAUCGAUCCCUUCAGGCGCUCGCAUGGCGCCCAACAGGGGAUCGAUCUCGCAUGUAUGCGUAUACACGUGU